AUGUAUGAAUCUGACUAUGAUGAAGAUCAUAAUGUGAGGCUGGUGAGAGGAGGCAGUCGGUGUGCUGGGACGCUGGAGGUGUAUCACAAAGGAGAGUGGGUGACAAUAGCUCCUUAUAAUUGGGAUAUGAACGAUGCUGCAGUGGUGUGUAGACAGCUGGACUGUGGCUCUGCUGUAUCAACACCUGUGAGAGCUCACUUUGGACAAGGCCAGCAAGUGGUUCAGCUAACUGGAGGACCUUACAGGUGUUCUGGGAGAGUGGAGGUGAAGUUCAAUCACUCCUGGGCUACAGUGUGUGAUGCUGACUUGGACUGGCAGGAUGCUCAGGUGGUCUGUAGGGAGCUGGACUGUGGAAAUCCUUCAGCUCUACUCAAGGUGUCUCACUUUGGUCAAGAACCUGAUGAUGUGAGGCUGGUCAAUGGAAGCAGCUCUUGUUCUGGGAGAGUGCAGGUGUUUCGUUGGGGACAGUGGGGGACAGUUUAUCACCGUAACUGGGACAUGAACGAUGCUGCAGUCGUGUGUAGACAGCUGGACUGCGGUUCUGCUGUGUCGGUACCAAGUGGAGACCGUUUUGGAGAAGGUUCUGGAAAGAUGGUCCUGGGUGAUGUUUCCUGUAGUGGGACAGAAUCUGCACUGAGAGAGUAUUUUGUGAGACUUGUGGGUGGAGCUGAUCGCUGUUCUGGGAGAGUGGAGGUGAAGCUCAAUCACUCCUGGGCUACAGUGUGUGAUGCUGACUUUGACUGGCAGGAUGCUCAGGUGGUCUGUAGGGAGCUGGACUGUGGGGGUCCUUCAGUUCUACACAGAGGGUCUCGUUUUGGUCAAGGUGAAGGUCCCAUCUGGUCUAAACACUUCCAGUGUGAAGGUCAUGAGUCCUUUCUACAUGAGUGUCUCACCACAGACAGACCAGAGCAGAACUGCACACAUGGAAAUGAUGUAGAACUGAUUUGUUCAGGUAAGCAUAAUGUGCAACUUCAACCAAUUGUAUAUUUUUCUGGUUUGCCUGUAUUUUUUUUUAGCCUUUUUAUUUUUUGUCACUCUUUUUUUCAUACAGGACCUAAUGAUUUGAGACUGGUGAAGGGAGGCAGUCGUUGUGCUGGGACAGUGGAGGUGUACCGCUGGGGACAGUGGGGGACAGUAGCCCAGUAUAACUGGGACUUAAACGAUGCUGCAGUGGUGUGUAGACAGCUGGACUGUGGCUCUGCUGUAGUAACACCAAUUAGAGCUCACUUUGGAGAAGGUUCUGGAAAGGUCCUGCUCAGAGAUGUUUCCUGCAAUGGGUCAGAGUCUGCACUGAGGGACUGUGGAGCAGUUGACUUCAGACACAUGGACAUCCCACACAAGUUUGAUGCUGGAGUUAUCUGCUCUGAUUUUGUGAGACUUGUGGGUGAAGAUGAUCGCUGUUCUGGAAGAGUGGAAGUGAAGUUCAAUCACUCCUGGGCUACAGUGUGUGUUGCUGACUUUGACUGGCAGGAUGCUCAGGUGGCCUGUAGGGAGUUGGACUGUGGGGGUCCUUCAGUUCUACACAGGGGUUCUCAUUUUGGUCAAGGUCAUCGAGGGAUUCGACUAAGAGGAGGAACUCACUCUUGCUCUGGGAGAGUUGAGGUUGAGCACAGGGAUACCUGGGGCACAGUGUGUAAUGCUGACUUUGAUUGGCAGGAUGCUGAGGUGGUCUGUAGGUCCCUGGACUGUGGGGAACCUGCAGAAGUGGCCUGGUUUGGGGAAGGCAGUGGCCAAAUCUGGCCUGAUGUAUUUCAGUGCCAUGGGAACGAGACUCGACUCUCCCAGUGUGCUGUGUCCCCAUGGAGUCGGGCAGCCUGCUCUCAUGGACAGGAUGUAGGAGUCAUCUGCUCUGGCUCACCUCCGUCCCUUUCAGUUGGGGGAGUCAGGCUGCUGUCAGGGGGGAGUGACUGUGAGGGCUGGGUGGAGGUUUUCUAUAACCAGACAUGGUGGAGGAUCCACAAGAAGUCCUGGAGCUUCACAGAUAGUUCCGUGGUCUGCAGACAGCUCGGCUGUGGCUCUGCAGCGAAGGUCCGUCCAUCUGGGGCAGGUGAAGGUGACAGGUGUGUGACGGGAUUCCAGUGUUCAGGAACGGAGGCUCAUCUGGGGACCUGCAGCUCUCCACAAAUACUCACCUGCAAACCCAGAGACCAGGUGUUCAUAAUCUGCACCAACCACAGGUCUCUCCGCCUAGUUGGGGGUGGUGCAGACUGUGCCGGGAGGCUGGAGGUUUUCCACGGGGGCUCCUGGGGUACAGUGUGUGAUGACUCCUGGGGUCUGGCAGAAGCUCAGGUGGCCUGCAGACAGCUGCGAUGUGGGACAGCCCUCAGUGGGCAGAACCCGGUACCAGCCUACUUCGGCCCGGGAUCUGGACCCAUCUGGCUUGGGCGACUGGGCUGUGUAGGAAAUGAGUCGUCCCUGUGGGACUGUCCUUCAGCACAGUUUGAGCAGCAGGACUGUGGUCACAAGGAGGAUGUGGGGGUUGUGUGUUCAGAGCACAAGCUUCUUCGUCUGUCUGAGGGCUGCUCUGGCCAUACAGAGGUCUAUUACAAUGGAAGCUGGGGGAGCGUGUGUUUUAAUCAGAUGGAAAAGACUACGGCUGCAGUCAUCUGUCGUCAGCUCGGCUGUGGAGAUAAGGGGACAGUCGAUGAGACAAUCUCCAGGCUCAGUCCUGAUCCCAAAUGGUUGGACAAUGUCGUAUGCCAGGAUUACGAAUCCUCUCUGUGGCAGUGCCCGUCCUCCCCUUGGGGGCAGAAUCAAUGCACAGAGACUGAGGUGGCUGACAUCAGGUGUUCAGUUGCCGAGAACAAGAAUAUUUCUGACUUUUUCAACUGCAGCAUAUCCAGCACAGAGAGCUCAUGCUAUAGUAAUUUGCCCCUGAGACUGACGGGGGGCUCAGACCCUUGUUCUGGGAGGGUAGAGGUGUACCAUAAAGGCUUCUGGGGGACAGUGUGUGAUGACUCCUGGGACCUUCAGGAUGCUAUGGUUGUGUGCAGGCAGCUGGACUGUGGGGCAGCCCUCAGGGCUGAAAAGGGUAGCAGGUUUGAGAGAGGAAAUGGCCCCAUCUGGCUGGAUGAGGUCAACUGCAGGGGCAGUGGGAAUACAAUUGCUCCUGAUAUGACUCCACCUCCCAAAACCACCCAGUCCAAAACAGUCCAGUCCAUCUCACCAGUGUCCACUGUGGUGCUUGGGUCCCUGAUCUCAAUCCUUUUGCUGCUUGUGGGUGGAUUGGUGUACAAGAACUGGACACUGAAAAAAGAAGUUACCAAAAACAAAGAUCAGCUGGAUCCAGCCAUCUAUGAGGAAAUUGAUUUCAUAACUACUCAACAAUCUAAGCAAGCAAGUCACAAUGUUGGUGAUGUCUCUGAGCUGCCCUUAGAUCAUGAAGAUGUGGAGGAAACUGAAGGAGACAAUUUGUUAGAGACUAAAAAUGAGCCAGAAAACUAUGAUGAUGUUUCAGCUGUCCAGAAGAAUGCCGAAAGAGUUUCAGAUACACUGGAGUUCCGUAAUGAAGCCCUGACACAUCAGACCUUUGACUAUGAUGAUGUCACUGAAAGCCAGAGUUGUGAUUAUGAUGAUGUCACUGUGGAGCAGGGUCCAGCCUCUCAGUUGGAUCGCCACCAAAGUAACCCUGUGGUACAAAGGGCUGUUAUGACAUCACUCAAACAUGAUGGAAGACUUCCUGAAGUUGAAAAAACUGACUAUGAUGAUGUGGGUGAUCAGAUUCUGUAA